CCGAGUUGAGUUUUUUUUGCGUGUUCUGUUUAUGUUAUGUCUUGUGUUUUUGUAUGUCCAAAGGCAAAAACAUCCCAAGAUUUCAACUUUAAAGAUUUAAUUUGGGGCGCCAAAAGAAAACCCUAAUAGAGUAGUAGUAGAAAGAACAAAAUAAGAAAUCACAUUUCACAUGCCACUAAUUCAAAAACAUUCCCAUCUCAAAUUUACUUAGCCCCACAGCUAAUCCAGCACUGUCAAAAUCUUGUCACAUCUCUUCUUUCCUUUUCUAACAUUGUAAUUAUCCUAAUCAAAUGCAAAUGUGGGAUCAAUGCUCAUGCUUUUCUUCAUAAAUUUCUCACUUUUCAUCCGUUUCUGGAUCACAAAGUUAUUUUCUUUUUAGUUUUUGAAAUGGUUCUCUUGGUGGGUUUUGUGAAAAAGCUAGUUUUUGGAUUCAAGAAGUAGAAAAAAAAUAUGUCAGAAAUGAGAGUUUCUGAUCCAAGUAGACUCCAUUUGAAGAAGGAGCUGACUCAAAUCAGAAAAGCUGCUAGAGUUUUGCGUGAUCCAGGGACUACUUCUUCUUGGAAGUCACCUCUUAGCUCCUCUAGAUCUGCUGCUGCUGCUGCUACCUCUGCUUGGAAGCAGCUUGAUAAUGAGAAUGUCAUCUCUAAUGGGAAGGAGAAGAGGGUGUUCUUGUACAAUUGGAAGACUCAGAAAUCUUCCACUGACAGAAGAAGUAAUCUUGAUGGAGACUGUGAUUCGGGUUCGGUUCGAGAUAGUGUGGAUGAUAGCUUGAGUGAUGCAAGGAAUGCUGCUGAUUCCUUGGGAGGAGAAAGCAGGUCUUCUUCUGUCAUUUUCAGAUGUAGAGAUGCCAAUCUUGUGUCUCCGUCGACGCGGAAAGCGCCCGGGAUCAGGAAAAAGAGUAAGAAAACUAAUGCCCAUUUGGAUAUUUUGUCUAGGUAUCAACAAAAGGAAAUGAAUUUAAGAAGAUUGCUCAAGAGUCAUCCUUCUAUGGCUUUAGGUUUAGGAAGAGAUGACUCUGUUGACCAAUCUGAUGAUACUGAAGAUUAUAGUCAUUCUGAGGAUCUUAGAAAGAUUUCUGGUAGUUCCCCGUUGUUAGUUAAAAUUAAGCAUAAGAAUUGGUCUCAUCCCUCGUCUAAAUUGUUGAGAACUAGUCGAAAAGAAGACUCUUCUUACACUUAUAGUACACCUGCAUUGUCCGCUAGUUCCUAUAAUAGGUACUGUAAUCAUAACCCGAGUACUGCUGGAUCUUGGGAUGGCACCGCUACCUCAUUAAAUGAUGGAGGUGAUGAGGUGGAUGACCAUAUGGAUUUACCAGCUCGCCAGGGUUGUGGGAUCCCUUGUUAUUGGUCCAAAAGGACACCGAGACAUAGAGGGGUAUGUGCGAGUUGCUGCUCUCCUUCGCUCUCAGAUAUUAUAAGGAGGAAAGGGAGUAGCAUGCUGUGUGGUCGUCAGUCAAUGUAUGAUAGGCACCGGCAUUCAUCAUCAGUUUCUCAUAAAAGAAGAAUUGCUUCCAGAAGUGCCAAAGGACUUCUUCCGUUGCUUACAUAUAGUGAUGGCCGAGGUGGUUCAUCUAUUGGGACUGGUAAUAGUGAUGAUGAGCUCUCUACGAAUUUUGGAGAGCUUGAUUUAGAGGCCUUGAGUAGAUUGGAUGGUAGGAGGUGGUCUAGUUGUAGGAGUCAAGAUAGGUUAGAGAUUGUGGCUCUAAAUGGGGAUUGUGAAGAGGAAGGUACACCUGAAAGUAUUCGAAGUUUGAGCCAGAAAUACAAGCCACUCUUCUUCAAUGAAGUGAUUGGGCAGAACAUUGUUGUUCAAUCUCUUAUUAAUGCUAUCUCUAGAGGGAGGAUCGCUCCAGUUUAUUUUUUCCAAGGUCCGCGUGGGACAGGGAAAACAUCAACAGCCAGAAUUUUUGCUUCAGCUUUAAAUUGCACUUCUUCAGAAGAAACAAAACCUUGUGGCUACUGCAGAGAAUGUGAUGAUUUCAUUUCUGGUAAGGUCAGAGAUCUUUGGGAAGUUGAUGGCACCAAUAAGAAGGGAAUUGAUAAAAUCAGACACCUUUUAAAGAAGGUUUCACAGUGGCCUCCGACGGGUUCUUCCCGUUACAAGGUUUUUCUCAUUGAUGAGUGUCACUUGUUGCCAUCUAAGAUGUGGCUGGCCUUUCUUAAGUUUCUUGAAGAACCACCCCAACGGGUUGUGUUCAUAUUCGUAACAACUGAUCCUGAUAAUGUGCCACGUACUGUACAAUCAAGGUGUCAGAAGUACCUUUUUAACAAAAUUAAAGAAGGAGAUAUUAUAGCACGAUUGAGAAAAAUUUCUACAGAAGAAAAUCUGGAUGUGGAAUUGGAUGCUUUGGACUUAAUUGCUCUAAAUGCAGAUGGUUCACUUCGAGAUGCAGAAACCAUGUUAGAUCAGUUGAGUUUGUUGGGGAAAAGUAUUACUACAUCUCUUGUGAAUGAGCUUGUGGGUGUUGUCCCAGAUGAGAAGUUGCUGGAACUUUUGGAGCUAUCAAUGUCUUCAGACACUGCAGAAACAGUGAGAAGAGCCAGGGAUUUGAUGGAUUCUGGUGUUGACCCAAUGGUUUUAAUGUCUCAACUGGCAAGCCUCAUUAUGGACAUCAUUGCUGGAACUUACGUUGUCGCUGAUGCCAAAUAUAGUGAUUCCUCCUUGGGUGGAAGAAGCUUGACUGAAGCAGAAUUGGAGAGGCUAAAGCAUGCUUUGAAGCUUCUUUCUGAGGCAGAGAAACAGCUAAGAGUUUCAAGUGACCGCUCAACAUGGUUCACAGCCACUCUUUUACAGCUUGGCUCAGUGGCUUCACCAGAUCUUACUCAAUCAAGCAGCAGCAGGCGACAAAGCUCUAGGACAACUGAGGAUGAUCCAUCUAGUGCUUCAAGAGAAGUACCUGUUCACAAGCAGAAGACCAAUGCUCACUAUCUAUCUCGUCGAUCUAGUUCACCUGCUUCGUUGUAUAAAGAAAUCAAUGGAAAAUCCAGCCAUCAAGGAGAAUAUGGUAUUAAUUCUAAGCUCCCUACCAGUCGCUCAAUCGACAGCUGUACAUCAUCUACUUCACGAGACGACGAACUGGUUCAAAAUAUGUUAUUUAGACAGAGAAAUGCAGACAAGUUAGAUCGUAUAUGGGAAAAGUGCAUUGCGAAUUGUCACUCAAAUACACUCAAACAGCUCCUACAUACUCAUGGAAAGCUUUUCUCCUUAUCUGAAGUUGAAGGUGCCUUGGUCGUUUAUGUUGCCUUCGGAGAUGAAGAUAUUAAAGCCAGAGCUGAGAGGUUUAUGAGCAGCAUCACAAAUUCAAUUGAAAUGGUCGUGAGAUGCAAUGUGGAAGUGAGAAUCAUCCUUGUUCCAGAUGGGGAGGAUUCUAUGAAUUGUGCGAAUCAAAGUGAGUUACAAGGUCAGAAGCAGGCAGAAGAAACCACGAAAAUUGAGCAGGAGAGAAAAGCAAAUUGCUUCAACUCAUCAAAUGGUUACUCUGAUGUACAACAGAAGUCCCAAAAAUUAUCGAGAGGAAGCUUCUUUAGUGAUUUAGAUGGCAAACUGAAAGGAGGAUCAGGAGAUUGUCUGAAGUCUUCAACAUUACUGGAUAGUACUUCUCAGUCUACUUCUCUGUCAUUGGAAUUACUACCAGAAACCAAUUCUGAAAUUGGUAGUGCAAAAAAAACUAGUCAGGAUUUACCAAUGCAGAGAAUAGAAUCCAUCAUACGUGAGCAAAGGUUAGAAACUGCAUGGUUACAGGCUGCAGAGAAAGGCACCCCAGGAUCAUUAAGUCGCCUAAAACCUGAGAAGAACCAAGUGCUGCCUCAGGAGGAUAUCUAUCAACAAAAUCAAAUGGAAAGUGCAAGUUCAAUGGGUCUGUCAUCUCAGCAUUGUGAAGACGAACUAAAUCAUGAACUCAAAGUUUUGAAGAUGGACGACCGGAGGGUGAUUCUUAAGGACCAGACUGUUAGAAGUGCUGAUCACUAUCCAAUAUCUCCAAGCUUGUUGCAUGAUAGGAACUUUGAGGGCACUCUCAUCAAAGAAAGCUUGGGAUACGAAUCAAAUUCAGGAGGCGGAGGUGGUGGCUGCAGCGGACUCUUCUGUUGGAAUGUGAAUAAAUCUCAAAAGUUAAAGGUUAAAGGAACCCCGGUUCGAUCUAGAGGCAAAGGUGGGCGGUUUUCGAUGUUUGGGGAAUGUGGGAAGCAUAAGAAAACAGAGAAAAGGAUUAAAAGAUAGAGAGAUAGCAAAUACAAAGUCAGUCAGUCACUGCAGAUAUAUAUAUAUAUAUAAAUUUUUCUGUAAAGGUUUCUUUUGCUGUUGAACUUUGUUGGCGUUUGGUUUAUGUCCAGCCAUUUUUUUUUUCUUCUGAUUCAAUAAAAAGAAAUGUGAGGAACUUGCAGGAGCACUUGAAAUUUAGCAGUUACAUGUUUUGGAUAA